UGGGUGCUCAGUUGGAUGCUUCAAGCAAUGUAUGAAUUUUCUUUGCUGAUUUUGUCUGUCUUUCAGAAUGGAAAGUGAGCCUCGUUGGUGGACCUGGACCUUACUCUGGUACAAUCCAACUCCAGAUCGAUGAUAGAAUUGGUACCAUCUGUGACGAUCAAUUUAGUAUCAUGGAUGGUCUCGUCGUCUGUAAGAUGCUUGGUUAUCCUUUUGUGGUCAGUGUCCAUGUCAGUGCAAAGUUCGGAAUGGGCAGUGGCGACAUUCUUCUUGAUGAUCUGUCAUGUACCGGUACUGAGUCGAGUCUUGAGAGCUGUUCAUUUGCACCUGUGGGUACUCAUAACUGCAUGCAUCAUGAAGAUGCUGGAGUGACCUGUUCAGCUGAUUCAGAGUUUGGUGGUCCAGCUAGAUGGACGGAAAUGCCUCUCCUGUCAGUUCCAUCUGGUGUUGGUUUACCUUCCAACACUCUGAACAUGGGUAUUGGCUCAGCGACCAUUCUUAUCACACUCCUAGUGGUCGUUUGUGUAGGUUGUAUGUUUUGUGCCUGUGUCAUGAGACGUCUACGUGUCAACUCUAAUGUAGAAACCAUCAACAACAUCCGAGACAACAGCUGCGCCGUGGUGAAUCAAAGGGAAAGCACACCUGCAUCUGGCGAUAUCAUUCCACCCUCCUAUACAGACGUCCUGACACGUCCAAAUGAUUACAGUCAGGUGAAUAAUGCAGGUGAUACCACUCUCCCACCGCAAUCCCCUGCUCCAACAUCACCCCCUCCGUCAUAUGCAAGGACCUUUGAAGUUGGUAACAACACCUUGCGUGUAAUUACCAUCGCUGGUCCCUCAUCAGCAAGAGAACAAAGGAUUCGAAGGGAGCCCAUCCCGAUACCGUUAUCACCACCACCUUCAUAUGAUGCUGUGGCUCCAAUUUUUCCAUCACCAGAUAAUGCCCGGUCUGGACAAUCAUUGCCAGAUGUUGUGACAGUAUUAACAGAUGCUGAUGAGAGAAUUGCUCUACAAGAUACUCUUACAGAAAGUGAGAAUACAACAGUCGUAUAACCAUCUCAGGGAUAAUGCGCAAGGUAAACAUUGGUGCUAUACAUCUCUGGUAUGAUGAUGAAAACUUUCCUCACUUUGAUGAUUGAUCAUAUUGUCUGCUACAAAGGCUCCACCAACCUUAAUUAUUUUCUUUAUGUUCGUAUGAUUCCUCACAACUGAACCGGCAUUUUAAUUUCUGAAGAGUUUGAUCAAUACAUCCUUGAAUUUAUUAUAUAUUUAUGAUAUACAUUCAGUUAUUGUUAUGUCUUAUUUUAAAUCUGGUUUUAUCAAUUUUUGUUAUUUUGCAAGAUUAAUCUAGUCUGUGGUCAUGGUGGUCAGCCCUUCCCUAUUUAACACUUUUUCUCUUAUAUGUUUAUCAUGUUCUUGUGUUUGCCUUGUUUCUUGUUUCGUUUUGUCUUUUAUGUCCUGUCAUUCGUUCCGCCUUCUUCUUUUUUCCUUGAGCGCAAUGUUUUUUCAUGACUUAGUGACUGCUUGUGUGACUGAACUGGUCUGUAAUUCUAAGUACCUUUUAUCUCAGUCUAAUCUCCACCCUUUUCUUUUCUUUGCUUUUUCCCCCUUUCUUGCUAUAAACUUAUGUACCCAAUCAUUUUUGUCUCACCUGCAUACAAGAGUGAGACCAUAUGUGCCGCUUUUCCGACGGCGACGGUGUCAACACCA